UAAUUCUCAUUUUUCUACCAAACGAAAAUAAUUAAAACAAUAAUUUUAUCAUCCUCAAUCCAUGAUUACACUGUUUAAAAUCAGUGCUAAUAAAAGUUUUAUCAUCCUUCUCCGCAUAUAAUAGCUCAGAAUCCAAAAUUUCUCUGUUCAAGAUGAUUUUCUGGGUUAUCUACCUUUCAACUAAGUACCCCACUAGAAAUCUUACAGACCCAACAAUUUAUGACAUCAAAUUAGAAAUUGGACAACUGCUUCACGUUGAGGUGGGAAGGCAAAAGAUCACCCAUGAUGGAGUUGAAGUGGAAAAUAAUACGCUCAGAGCUGAAGAUUACGGAAUUAGAGAUAAUGACGAGAUAUUUCUCAGUGUUAAGAAGGCUUUCUAUAUUGAAGCAAAUGCUCCUGCCAAGUACUAUUUGACGAUCUGGGACGAUCAAACUAUUUUGAAACUCAAAAGGGAGAUCUGGAUACUGACUGGUAUGGCAGUGGAUAGGAUGGAGCUGUCUUAUAUUCAACAGAAGCUUGACGAUGAUAAAAAGAUUAUGACUUACCAAAUUCCUGAUGAAGCUACUAUUGAUGCAGUUGAGAUGUAUGAUCUGGAGGUGAAGGGAUCAAAUGGCAAUUAUAGAUUAAAAGUUCAUGAGAUGAUGACAAUUGGUCAAGUGAAGGAGAAACUUCAUGUGGACUAUGGUCUUGACCAUGAAACACUGACACUCGAACGUGCCUAUAGCAGAGGUUUCUUCAGAGACGAUGAACAUUUGUCUGCUCAUCAUUAUCAAGUUAUGACCGCCGUUGGUGGUGGAUCUUAGGAUCUGAGGCAGAUUGUUGCAAUAAACCAGUUAAUUUAGUUUCUGAUGAUAACAGAGCUUAAUAAAUCUUAAUUAUUAUUAUUA